AUGGCCGUCCCGACAGCCCGACGUAGGUUCCUACGCCUAGCUCUCGUGGCGAUCAUCUUCCUUAUCUCCUACCUUCUGCUUGGUCCAACCGACUACAUUGCGGCGAAGACGCAAUGGCACAAUCUCAAGUACAUACCCAGCAGCUAUGACUGGGGAAAACGGCAACAGGUGCACCCUGUCGAUAUGUCGGCAAUGGCGCGUUUGCCUGAAGGGACCCCUCGCCAACUGUCCCGGAUUCAACACAAAUUCUCAGCAGACGACUUGAGCAGCUCGCACAGCAAGACGCGGGGAGCUCGCCGGGAUGCUGUCAAACGCGCGGCCAUGAAAUCCUGGAAGGCUUAUCGAGAGUACGCCUGGGGCCAGGAUGAAGUUGCCCCUCAGAGCCUGGUCGGGGUAGACAGCUUUGCCGGAUGGGGUGCCACGUUGGUUGACUCGCUGGAUACUUUAUGGAUCAUGGGCUUGAGAAGGGAGUUUUACGAAGCCGUACGCCAUGUCGGACGCAUUGACUGGAACAAUGCGACCUCCCCUUACUGCAGUCUGUUCGAGACCAAUAUCAGGUACUUGGGUGGGCUGCUUUCAGCCUACGACCUGAGCCAGGAGAAGAUACUCCUCGACAAAGCUGUUGAGCUUGGGGACAUGCUCUAUGCUGGGUUCGACACGCUAAAUCAUAUGCCUGCCAACAGUUUCAAUUUUGAGCAGGCCAAGGAGGGCAAGCUGGUGGCUGACAAGCACGAAUCUUCUGCCGCCGCUGGGACGCUGUCGCUGGAGUUUACGAGACUCUCGCAGCUGACGGGCGAUCCAAAGUACUAUAAUGCCAUCGCAGGUGUCACAAGGGCGCUCGAAAGGACCCAAGACUCAACCAACCUCCCAGGGAUGUGGCCAGUCUUUAUCGACCUCUGGAGCGGCUUCCGUGCCACUGGAACCGACUUCUCUCUCGGUGCCUCUUCUGACUCAGCAUACGAGUAUCUGUCCAAGAUGUACGCGUUGCUAGGCGGGCUGGAACCGAGUUAUGAAAAACUGCACACAAAAGCCAUGGCGGCAGCCAAGAAACACCUGCUCUUCCGGCCCAUGCUGCCGGAAAUGUUUCCCGGCACAGCGCCCGACAUUCUCUUCUCCGGCACGGCACUGUCUAACGGACAAAUCGUCGAGCUGCAGCCCGAAGUGCAGCACCUCGGCUGCUUCGCCGGCGGGAUGUUCGCCCUUGGGGGGAGACUGUUCAACCAGGAAGACCACGUGAGGAUAGGCGAGCAGCUGGCCCGCGGGUGCGCCUGGGCGUAUCAUGCCUUCCCCACGGGCAUCAUGCCGGAGGUGUCAGAGGUGAUACCCUGCGAAAAGAAGAGAGAUGGUGUUGACGGGAACGACGACUUCCCUCGCUGCGCGUGGAACGAGUCCCGGUGGAAGGCGCACGGCGAACAUGUCGUCAGGUUCCCAAAAGGUUUCGUAGCGGUCCGGGGACCGGAAUAUCACCUGCGGCCUGAGGCCAUCGAGAGUAUAUUUAUCCUGUACCGAAUCACGGGCAAAGCGGACCUGCUAGACGUGGCGUGGCGUAUGUUUGAGUCAAUCAAGGAGGCGACUGAGACGCGGCACGCCUACUCGGCGAUCUCGGACGUACAGACGACUGGCCGGACGACCAAGAUAGAUUCCAUGGAGAGUUUUUGGAUUGCUGAGACACUCAAAUACUUCUAUCUCAUCUUCUCGGAGCCCGAUCUGAUCAGUUUGGAUGACUAUGUCUUCAAUACGGAGGCGCACCCGCUGAGAAUACCAAAGCCCGCAGACAGCCGAGUAAAAGGAGAUACAUAA